AUGUUCUCUUCAAAUGAACCAACAACUAAAUCAACCGAUCAUGUCAGUGUGACCGUCGUUCGUAAAUCUGACGGUCAUUCGAUGACGUUUGUCUUGGAUGAAAAAACACAUAUUCAUGAUUUAAAACAUGAACUAAAACGACGAUUAAAACCAAGAUCAGAAAAAGGCUGCCGGCUCAUCUUUCGGGACAAAGUUCUCAAAGGUAAACAUACACUUAAACAUUAUGGAAUCAAGAAAGGUGUUAAUGAUCAAGCUAUUUCAAUGGACGAUACGAAAGAAUGGAAAUCGUCGUCGUCAUCAUCCGAUACUGACAAUGAAAAAUGA